UGCCAUGCUAGGGUGUAGUGAUCAAAUUUGUGUGUGUGAGAUGAUCCACGCUCAAGACUCGAACAACAGCAAACUUAGCCCAUACAUAUAAACACAGUUCAGCCCAAUCUUGUCAAGGCCAUGAUCAACCUUAUGCGCUUCAACUAAAACUAUCCAGUAGGAUUUUGACCAGAGCAAGAGCCCAAGAACUAUUAUGUCUCCGUGAAGUCUUCACUGAGAGCAGGAUUCAGAAGCUGUACUUGUAAACCAGACGACGACAAUGGAGAAGAGUGCACGGAGGCGAUUGGAUUGUAUUUCUCGUCACCUUGUAUUACCACCUCAAGCUAAUCACGGUCUGCAGCAGGUGCUGUUAUUAAAUAAUGGGCAAGUGAAGAGUGAGGAGGCAGAGCCUGUGGUGAUAGGAGGAAUGGUGUUGGACAUUCAUGCCACACCUUCUAUCCCUGCCAAUCCCAGAACCACUACUCCAGGUAAGGUCAGCUAUGUACUAGGAGGGGUAGCAAGGAAUGUUGCUGAGUGCAUAUCAAAGCUAGGAGCAAAGCCAUUCAUGAUUAGUGCCUUGGGGCUUGACAUGCCAGGAAACUUAUUGUUGGAGCACUGGAAGUCUUCUGGGCUAUCUACUGAAGGGAUUUGGAAGCACCAAAACAUUGAGACUCCUGUUGUGUGCAAUGUACUUGAUGUUAGUGGGGAGUUGGCUGCUGCUGUUGCAAGUGUAGAAGCUAUCGAAAAAUUUCUAACACCUGAGUGGAUCCAGCAGUUCAAAUAUAAUAUACGCUCUGCUCCAGUGUUGAUGAUUGAUGCAAACCUGACUCUUUCUGCUCUAAAAGCUUCUUGCCAGUUGGCAGCAGAAUGCGAAAUUCCGGUGUGGUUUGAACCUGUAUCAGUAGCAAAAUCUCGAAGAAUCAGUUCAGUUGUCAAGUAUGUAACUUUUGCUUCACCCAAUGAAGAUGAACUUGUUGCCAUGGCAAAUAAUUUGUCUGGUGGAAAUGUGUAUCGUCCGAUUGAAAGGAACAAUAGCAGAAAGAAAUGUUCAACAGAAACCUUGUUCCAUUUGCUAAAACCUGCAGUCUGGGUUUUGCUAGAGAAGGGUAUUAAAAUAGUUGUUGUGACAGUUGGUUCAGAUGGAGUGUUCUUAUGUUCGAGAGGAGGACCAAGCUUCAUGAGAAUUGGUUGUGAGGGAAUCAAACCUUUUGUUUCCAAUGGGGAAUUAUUCAAUACCGUAACUGCAAGUUGUCCUUCAAAUCUGUUCUCAAGUCCUCUGGAUUCUGAGGGAAGCUCGUUUCUCUUUGCUGUGCAUUUUCCUGCACUUCCUGCAUCAGUGGUGAGGCUUACAGGGGCUGGUGAUUGCUUGGUUGGGGGAACUAUCGCUUCUAUUUGUGCAGGUUUAGAUGUGAUGCAAAGUCUGGCAGUUGGUAUUGCAGCUUCCAAAGCUGCAGUUGAGGGAGAGACCAAUGUGCCUUCUGUAUUUAAUUUGGCUGCAAUUGCAGAUGAUGCAAGGUCGGUAUACUCGGCUGCCAAAGUUGUGUUCCAUCAAUCAAUGCCGAUGCAGUUUCUAAAAGACGGUCUUAUAUAUCACGUUCAAGCCAUAAAAGCCGGUUUUCCGCUAACCAUUUUCACUUCCAAUCAACUCAUACACUUGUACUCCAGAAAUGGCCUUUUACGAGAAGCCCAGAAACUGUUCGACGAAAUGCCCCAACGAAACGUCUUCUCUUGGAAUGCCAUUAUAUCCGCUCACAUAAAAGCACAAAACUUGAAGCGAGCCCGCCAGUUAUUUGACUCUGCUUCGUACAAGGAUUUGGUCACCUAUAAUUCACUGUUAUCUGGUUACGUCAGCGCAGACGGGUAUGAGGAUUGUGCACUUGAGCUAUUCAGUGAAAUGAAGUCACUGGAUUAUGGGAUUAGAAUUGAUGAGAUUAGUCUCACAACGAUGCUGAACUUGACUGCAAAGUUAGAAGUGGUGUCUUAUGGAAGGGAGUUGCAUUCGUUUAUGGUGAAAACUGCCAAUGAUUCAAGUGGGUUCGCGGUGAGCUCACUUAUUGAUAUGUAUUCUAAGUGUGGAUAUUUUCAAGAAGCGUGGUGGGUUUUUAGUGGACAUAGAGAGGUGGUUGACUUGGUUUCAAAGAAUGCAAUGGUGGCAGCUUGUUGCAGAGAAGGAAAAUUGGAAGUGGCAGUUAAUCUAUUUUGGACAGAACCGGAGCUGACUGAUAAUGUGUCUUGGAACACAUUGAUUGCAGGGUAUGCCCAGAAUGGUUUUGAAGAAGAAGCACUCGAUCUGUUUGUCCGUAUGGCGGAGAAUGGAUUUAGGCGGAAUGAGCACACUUUUGCUAGUGUUUUAAGUGCUUGCUCCGGCCUGAGGAGCUUCAAACAUGGAAGGGAAGUCCAUGCUUGGGUGUUGAAGAAUGGGAUGACUUCGAAUUCAUUUAUACUCAGUGGAAUUGUUGAUGUCUACUGUAAGUGUGGCAAUAUGAAGUAUGCAAAGUCAGUUCACGCAGCAAUGGGGUUUGAAAAUUCCUUCUCGGUCACGUCAAUGAUUAUGGGCCAUGCCUUUCAUGGUAACCUAGUAGAAGCACGGAGACUUUUUGAUUCAUUGGCUGAAAAGAGCACUGUUGUAUGGACAGCUUUGUUUUCUGGAUAUCUCAAAUCACAGAAAUGCGAAGCUGUAUUUGAACUUUUAAGUGAGUUCAGGGCGAAGGAAUCAAUAGUUCCUGAUGCUGCAAUUCUCAUCAGUGUUCUUGGUGCCUGCGCAAUAAAAGCUGCCCUGGAUCCUGGUAAGCAGAUUCAUGCGUACAUCUUAAGGAGCAGGAUCGAAGUGGAUAAGAAGUUGUUUAGUGCUUUGGUUGAUAUGUACUCAAAAUCUGGGAGUAUUACCUACGCAGAAAGCCUUUUCAAGAGAGGCUCUGACAGGGAUAUAAUCCUUUACAAUGUGAUGUUAGCUGGUUAUGCUCAUCAUGGGCUUGAAAAUAAAGCUAUCCAGAUCUUCAAUGAAAUGUUGGAGCGAGGUAUUAAACCUGAUGUAGUCACCUUUUUAGCAAUUCUAUCAGCUUGUCGACACUCUUGUUUGGUGGAAUUGGGUGAGCAGUUCUUCUACUCCAUGAAAAAGGAUUACAAUGUAUUGCCCGAAAUUGAGCACUAUGCUUGUAUGAUUGAUUUGUACGGGAGGGCUAACCAGCUUGACAAGGCAAAAGAAUUGAUGAGAAAGAUUCCUAUAGAAUCAGACACCAUUAUAUGGGGGGCAUUCUUGAAUGCUUGUAGAGUAAAUGGAAAUACCAUACUUGCUAGAGAGGCAGAGGAGAGGCUAUUAAAACUUGAAGGAGACAUUGGUGAUCGGUAUGUACAGUUGGCUAAUUUAUAUGCUGCAGAGAGAAAUUGGGAUGAGGUUUGCAGAAUAAGGAAGAAGAUGAAAGGGAAGGAGGCCAAGAAGGCUGCUGGUUGCAGUUGGUUAUACGUGGAAAAUGGAGUUCAUAUAUUUAUUUCUGGUGACAAAACUCACCCAAGAACAGAGGCUAUAAAUUUUACCUUAGCCUUAUUGGCUGAAGAAUUGUAUCAGAUAUCUUGAGCAGAAUUGAGGGUCAUAAUUUGAAUUUCAUCAUCUCAACACAACA